CUUUGAGAUCUUGUACCGGCAAUUUCGAAAAACAUACAACAAGUGAAUGAUCCGGGUUAAUAAUCAUUGGAGUCUCAAGCAACCUCUGAGAGGUACGCGUACAGGGUUUUGACGGAAUAGAUGCAAAACAAACUAACUGCCCUUAUGAAUCAUGUAACACAACCUGUGUGCUUGAUUGAAAAAACGUACAGCACAAAUUGGUCUCGGACGCUUUGAAACCUUCUUGUUCUACGACGCCUCAACUGAGUUUCAAUCGUCAUGCCUUGUAUCUUAGGUCGUAACUCCAUGAACAUGGAACAAUCCUCAAACAGCGUGGCCGAGCUCCAAUUCUCUGAGACAGAAAUCUACAUUUAUUCUAGCUCCGAUAAAGAGACUGAUGUAGCGAUGGAGUUCGUGCUGAAUCCGCCAACAUUUGUGGUUACGUCAAGUGGGUGGACUUCUCCGUGGUUCACCAAUCAUUCACCUUUUGUAGUACUGGACGAGCUAAAAGAUUUGGACUUAUCAGUUGUUGCAGCAAAUACUGUUGGAGUGACUAGUGUGUGGACCCUGCAAGGUAACAUGAACGUCCACCGUUUGAGAAGUCCUAUCUGGAAUCAUCAGUUCUUUAAUUAUGCACGCGCCAUGCCACACAAGUAUCAGGGGCGCUCUUAAAAACUGUUUAGACCGACAUUUUGAAAACUUUCUUGUUAAGAAUUAGAAUAGAACAUUGUCUGAGCUACUCCUUAUAUCUUCAUCUAUAAUUUGUUAUUAAUAUUUAUAUUAAUGGUUUAACAUUUUCUGUGCUGUGACAUUUUAGUUGUAGUGUUGUCAAGGGAGAUCGUUUUUCCUGUUAAUGCAGUGAAAUUACAGGAGACCAGUAAUUUACCAAAAUUAGCUUAUGUUGUGAAAAUCACAUGGUUAAAUCAUGUUUCUGUUAUUGCUCUGAACUUGUGCGUAACGUUUAUUGUUUGCAUAACUGUUGAACUGUUCGUUUUAAAAUGAUAUAUUAGAUAUACAUGAUAAAACGCUGCUAGUUAGAGCUUUGGAUCGUUCACUGCAGAUCCCCGGCACCUGAAAUUAGCGACAGAUCUUUG